CACCUCGAUGCCCCAGUGUGACCAGCGUGCUGCAAAUUGGGUUGGGGCACGUACCGAUUGUUUUUUUUUUGUUUUUGAUUAAAAACAUAAAAUUGACGUGUCAGUAUAAAACGCAACGAAAUUUCAAUUGAAUAAAAGCUUAGGUGGAUGGAAUUCUUGAAAAGUGGCAUCAAGACCGUCUUGGGCGGCACCGAGCCGGGCCAACAGCCUAGCGCGGCUGAGACGGUGGAGAAGCUGGUGGAUCGCGUAUACUCGUCGACACUGCUGGAAGAUCGGCGGGAUGCCUGCCGGGCUUUAAAGGCCCUCUCCCGCAAAUAUCGUAUCGAGGUGGGAGCCCAGGGUAUGCCCCCAUUGGUGCAAGUGCUGCAGAACGAUGGUCAAGAUGCGGAGAUUAUUGGCUAUGCCCUGGACACACUAUGCAAUAUUGUCACCAGCGAGGAGUUCGAUGAAGAGGCCGACAAUCCAACAGUAUCUGUCAAUGUGGGUGAACAGUUCACAGAGAUGUUUAUCAAGACGCCGGAAAAUGUCACACUAGUAAUGGGCUACCUGGAUGAGUAUGACUUCCGUGUAAGGCGUGCGGCCAUCCAAUUGAUCACAUCAUUGAUAGCCAACAAGACAAGGGAACUACAGGAUUUGGUGUUGGUCAGUCCCAUGGGUGUGUCUAAGCUCAUGGAUUUACUCACAGAUAGUCGGGAGGUUAUACGCAACGAUGUGCUUCUACUCCUGAUUGAAUUAACAAAGGGCAAUUCCAAUAUACAAAAAAUUGUGGCCUUUGAGAAUGCCUUUGAUCGGCUCUUCGAUAUUGUCAGGGAAGAGGGCUGCUCGGAUGGUGGCAUUGUCGUAGAAGAUUGCCUUAUUUUGCUCCUGAAUCUCUUGAAGAACAAUUCAAGUAAUCAGCAGUUCUUCAAGGAGGGCAGCUACAUACAAAAGCUCGCGCCCAUGUUUGUCCUCGGCCAGGAUGUGGAAGAGGCCGGCUGGUCGCCACAGAAAGUAUCCAAUUUCCAUUGCCUCUUGCAAGUUGUCAGAGCACUGGUAACUCCUAGUAAUCAACAGCAGGUUGUCACUGCCUGCCAGCGGGUUAUGCAAAAGAGCCAAUUGCUCCAUGCUCUAUGCGAGAUUUUGAUGAGUAGCGGCGUUCCAGCGGAUAUUCUAACAGAGACCAUCAAUGCUGUGGCCGAGGUGAUACGCGGCGAACGCGAUAAUCAGGAUGAGUUGAGCCGUGUAAUGGCUCCGAGUAAUCCACCUAGACCGGCCAUAGUUGUCCUCCUAAUGUCCAUGAUCAAUGAGAAGCAACUGUUGGCUCUGCGUUGUGCGGUUCUCUAUUGCUUCGAAUGUUUCCUCUAUAGAAAUAGCGAAGGACAAAGGGCUGUAGUUCAGACCCUUUUGCCAUCCAGUGCCUCAGAUGUAAGCUCUUUGUCGACGGGCCAACUCCUUUGCACUGGCCUCUUUUCGGCGGACGCCUUGGCCAAUUGGUUCUCUGCUGUGGCCUUGAUGCAUUCGUUAGUGGAAAAUGUAGCCCUAAAGGAGGAACUUCUACGUGUCUUGCUGGCCACUCCCGGUGGGCAUCGUCCUAUUACUCUACUGGAACAGUGUACAAAUCUAAUGCAACAGGAACGUUAUCGCCUGCAGAGUAAGGUGGGGCUUCUAAUGCUGCUCAGCCUUUGGUUGGCCCAUUGUCCGGGCGCGGUGAAAGCUUUGCUGGAAACCCAGGGCACCAUGGCCUAUCUGACAGCCCAGUUGUGCUCCAAUGAGCAUGACGAACGCGAAUUCCUUGUCCAGGGCAUGUGCGCCUUUCUUAUGGGCCUGUGCAUUCAGUUCAAUGACAAUUCUCUGCCCCAGCAGAGGCGAGAAGACAUUAGCCAGUUAAUUAUUAAGCGCAUUGGCCAGGAAACCUUUUGCAAUAAGCUGGCCGAGGUUUCACGCCACGAGGCGUAUAGUCGAGCCUGCAAACAAGCUCAGAUUAGGGCCAAAUCAGCGGGAGAACUGCUCCUAGAUUAUGAGUAUUGCAAGCUCUACAAGGGAUUGGAGGCAUUAAUAGCCAAACUGGUGAGUGGAUUCGAUGUGGAUGGCAUUGAGCUGACCGAGUUGACUCUUAGCUCGGAGGCAUCGGCCCUGGUCUCUCAGUACAAGGGCAUUAUCAGGGGCAUGGAUGGCCAGAUUCAAGCGCUUCAGCAGACCACCAAAGAGCUGGAGCAAGAGAACACUGACCUAAAGGAAAAACUGAGCGAGGAGCAGUCGCUCCGUGCACAAAUCUCGGAUCAAAACACAUUACUAAAGGCCCAGCUAGGCGCCACGAAUGGUCAGGCAUCGAAUCAUACACCCAAUGAUCAAACCGUGUCACCGGCGCAGCCACCAUUGCCUGCAGCAGCAGUACCAGCAGCUAGCGAGGAGGACCUCAAUGCAGCUCGCUAUCAGGCAAAUAUGUAUUUUGCUGAGAAUAUACGACUUACCAAGGAAUUGGAGACACUGCGACAACAGCUGGUCACCGAGAAGCAACGAUCCGAUGCGACCGAAGCUGCUCUCAAAGCGACACAGAAAGACCAAGAGGAUUUGCUCGAACUUCUGGCGGAUCAGGAGGCCAAAUUGACACGUCACGAAGAUAACAUACUACUGCGGGGGGAGGAAGAAACGCAAACGAAAAGUUCCGGAUCAUCUGAAUGCCCCUCAUCAGGGGGAGAUGCAGCUAUUGAAUUGAGUGCCAGCAGAUAGAGAGAGAUGGCGACAAGCGAUAGCGAGAGAAAGGGUAAAAAGAGCAUCGACUGCCCCCUCCCCCCACUGCUUCCCCUCAUUCAACGAACCAGAAAAUCUACAAUUUAUCCUAUCUCUCCUGAUAGAACCUAAACUAAUAAUACCUAUACAUACAUUCUGAUUGUUUUUUAUUUAUACAAAU